AUGGCCGCCGCCGCCGCCUCUCUCUCCUCCCCUUCCACCUCCCUGCUCUCCAUCCCCAUCCCGCCCACUCGCCUCUUCUCCCGCAAUCCCAAACCCAACCAGGCACCCCUGCGGUCGCAACUCCUACUGCGCCUUCCUCUGUCCAGUGGGUCCAGGGUCUGGCAUGUGCCGUUGCUGGCCGCAUGGUCCGCGUCCGCAUCCACGAAAUAUCUAGCGCAGCACCCGUCUAGAAGCCUCCAGCUGCCAGCCGAAAAAUCCACGCUGUGCGCUUCGUCCACGUUUCUCCGCCGCACCCUUGCUCCAUCCGCCAGCUGCAGCGUCUCCCGCAACCUCAUCCCCACACCGCCAUCCCCCGAAGCUCCGUACUCCAUUCCUCUCCUCGAGCUCCACCGGUCGGCACAUCAAUUCGCCCCCACUGCCCCCUCCCCUGGAAGCUCCAAAAUCCAUUCCCCCUCCUCGAGCUCCACCGCCUCCAUUCCUCACCGGUGGAGGCACAUCAGUUCGUCCCCCCCCCCCCCCCAAGCUCCAAAAUCCAUUCCCCCUCCUCGAGCUCCACCGAUCCGCUUCUAUCCUUGCUCGAUUCGUUCCCCCUCCCCCAAGCUCCGUACUCCAAUCCCCCUCCUCGAGCUCCACGGCUCUGCCUCCAUUCUUCACCGGCUCAGCCACAUCGGAUCGUCCCUCAGCGCGCGGCCCCCCACCCGCCGGCGUCGCCCUCUCCGAGUACCUAAGAGGGGAUCAUUUCUGUCCCAUUGUACCACCGCAUAUAGCUACACAGAAUCGCAAGAAAAGAAAACGUUCGAACUACUUCAAAGCUCUAGCGUAACAAGCAACUGGGAUACCGCUCUAUUCAUUACAAGAUACAUUUGGAUCAUUGAAAGAAUAUACAAAUUUUCUCAAAGGCGCAGCAACACGCGCCACUCUAUCUAGUUGCAUAUGGACGAG